ACAGGAUUCGUGUCUCCUAAUUACUCAGGGAUCCAGACUGAGUGAAGUUGCUAUGAUGCUACUCUUUCAAGAUUCCCUCCAUGUACUAAGUUAGAGGAACAGAACAUAGAGAAUAAUGCAGCAGCUCUUGAGUCCGUUUGUAUAGGAAGUGAUAGACACACAUUCAUCUGCUCAUAUCUUUGUAGCACGGCCAUCCUUUUCACUAGUAGUAGGGAAAUGUGACCUUCCAUGUACAUGGAACAGCAAAAACACUCAAUACUGAUGACUCUGGGUGUUGUCCACUGCCAUAGGAAGAACAGGAGAAGCAGAAAGAUGGAAUGAUGACCACAGUGACAGGACAAUAAGAACUGAAUACAGUGCUUCAUCUAUGGUUUGACUUUAAUGAGUCACAGAAGGAUGAUCAUGGAAUUUGUCCAGGACAAGAAUUUCUACUGUGUAGGCUGGUGUCCAGCAUUGCCUCUGUUGUUCCCAUUAUGGCAGAAGUCUCAGCCCAGUACUACCAGACUCAACCCAUCUGGAGCAACAGAGACUUGGAUGCAGUUCAACUCACCUCUUCAGGACUCAGAUGAAGUGCCAUGGGCAAGAGAUCUGGCUUCUCCAGUGGCUGCUCAGAGGGCCAGGAGGGACAGACAGAUAAAUGAAGUCACUGUGAGAGGCUCUGUCCUCUUAACCUCAGCAUGGUGUUUGUGCCCGUGUGCAGCAUCUUUACCACUACUCUCCAAGAGCUCCAGUACCACCAUGCAAAAGGGAAGGCCAGACGUGGAUGGUUGGGUUUACGAAACAGAGAACACCCUGGAAAGAUAUCUUCACCUUGCUUUGCACAUGGUUUCCUUGGAUGUCAUCAGAUGUCUGAGUAAAGGAGACAGAAGAGUCCAGUUUGGACAAGAAUGUCUCCGGUGCUAUUUAACUUUCUGGACUAUGAAUGUUCCUGGAGCACAGCUGCAGGGAUGGAUAACACAUACGUUCAGCUCGAACUGCAAGCUGUUGAGGACAAAGAGCGUAGGAAAUUCAAUUCCAAGCUCUAGUUGUUCCUGAUCAGACUUGACGUGUGUGCCUGGACAAUAAGAUUUGUGA